GCGUUCCACCUUCCCCAGAGAGAGCAAGAACAGAGGAGGGAAGAAGAAUCCUCCUUGUCCUUGCGUUCCACCUUCCACAGUGAGAGCAAGAACAGAGGAGGGAAGAAGAAGAAGAAGAAGAAGAAGAAGGGGGGAACGGUCAUGGAGCAUGAGAUCGUGCCGAUCCGCUUCUACAAAGGGAUAAACUCCUACUGGAGGAGCAGGAGGUACCAAAAGAUAGACGCCCCCUCGUCGCCGCCGACGGGGAAGAAGCCCAAGAAGGCGACGUCGCGGCUCGGGUCGGGCAGCGGGCGGUGGUUCCUGCGGCUCCGGCGCCGGAUAAGCUUGAGCCGGUUUCGGAUCCGGAUCCCGUCGCCGUUGAAGAUCCUGACCCGGCUCCGGGACGCCUACGUCGACUGGAUGCUGUCGGCCGCCGGCAAAGCGCCGGCCUUGAGCGAGCCGGCCACGUGGACGAAGCGGAUUCCCAAGUCCCGGCCGGCGAAGACCCGGACGAGCGAGAUCGAGCGGCGGCUCAUGUUUGAGAUCUACAACUCCCUCGUCGUCGCCGGAGAGAUCAAACUGAAACAAGCCUGAUCAUCGAGAAGUAGCCUUCCGAUUCAAGCACUCCCCCACGUUGAGAAACAGCACCAACGUGGGUUCUAUUUUAUAGCUCUUGAACUUGUUUGUUUUUGUUGUACAUACACUUCGAUGA